CUCUGCACUAUCUGAGAUUGUCUCACUAGUUUUAUUACCUGUCAAUUGAUAAAUCUACAGUACAAUGCAAUUUGGAUAGGAAUGAGCACAAUUAAUUUUACUCCGAGUGACUUAUAACCAUUCUCUAUAUAUUAUUUUACAAAUAGGAAAAGGAUUGUCCAAACCGUGGCGUGGAGUGUCAGUAUUGCGAGCUAACACUUCCUUUCAAUAAAAUGACUUCUCAUGUAGAAUACUGUGGAAGCAGAACUGAGAAAUGUGACAUAUGUGAUAGAUUCAUUCAAAUGAAGGACUUGACUGAACAUGUGAACACUGGAUGUCAGUACCCUCCCGUCAAAGAAGAAAGUAAAAAGUUGCCGUCAAAUCCGCCACAUGACUUUUUCUCUGAAAUGCCUGUUGGCAUGUUGCAUGCUAUGGGUCUUAUAGACCCUUCAGUUAGCAGUACAGAUACAGACUACUUCCAUCCGCUUCAAGCUGGAAUGCGUGAGUUUGGACGGAUUAUCAACACUGGAUUUGGUACUUCACCGUUUAGUGAUCCACGUAUGCAAUAUCCCGGUGGAGCAGCUUAUUUUGGUGGCAUUAGUACUGGAAAUGGUAUGAUUGAUGGUAGCGACGUAAUUUCCCGUGGAGCAAAGAGAAGCAAAGAGUUUCCAAAACCUGAAUUUGAUCGGCGCAUCAGUCGAGAUUUUGAUAAGGUUGAUGAUGAUGAGUAUACACAGGUUGUUGAUGAUGAUGAGAUGGUCGCAGCAGCAGAUCAAGCCGAUGAGUUUGACAAUGUUAAUGGCAAUGUUAAUGGCAUGUCAUCUGCAAUGGUUGAUGGGACUUUCCCAUACAUGAAAUCCACAUUGAUGGCCGAUUCAGUAAAUGAUGCGGAUAAAACACAACUGCCUUGUGAGUUCUGUGGUGAUUUGUUUCCAGUGGAUAUCCUUAUAUUGCAUCAGAGUGGUUGUCAGCUGAGUUCAAUUGAUUCACUCCCAGGCAGUGCUUCACAUUUUCCUGAUGACAGUGUCAAGCAUAAUUUGCGACGACCUAACAAUUCAACUCUCUCUGUGGACAGAAAAUUCCAGACUUAUCACACAGAGCUGGAAACUAAAGGUUCAGAGGAUGAUACAUUUUUGCCUUGUGAGUUCUGCCAGGAGCUGUUUCCAUUUGAGAACCUCAUAGCCCAUCAGGCUGUCUGUGAUGCUUGUCCGGAAAGUCGUCCUCCUUCAGCGCUACUUGAAAGCUCGACCCCGGUGCCUCUGUUGAACAAUACCAGGUCACAGGUCAGAAAUGGCUCAACAAGUCGCCCCAGUAGACCAGUGUAUGAAUCAAAGAAAACCCAGAAGGCCAUGACAGAUUUUAUUCCAAGCGAGCUGGAUGAUGGUGAUGAUUUAGAUUUCACUCCUAAUAUUAAUGACAAUUUUACAACUAGAGAUCUUAGUCGUAAGCCAGAGAAAUACAGUGAUCGGCAUGGAGGGCAUGACAUCUCUCCAAUGAACAAUGAGCUGCAGAGACAACAUCGCAGGGCAGCUAAUCACCAGAAUUUGCCCGGACAGGCAAUGUUAAGAAAUAAUGACUUAGCUAACAGACAACCAAGCAAGGAUGCAUUGCGAGAUAAAAACAGGACUGCUGACCAGCUAGGGAAGAGACAACCUGAGCCGAGACUGAGUGCGCAUAGCACCUCUUCCAAGCCCCCAGCAGCCAAAGCAGUAGAGGAUGGACUAAGUCAGAAAAAACUGAAUGCUGGAUUGAGGGGCAAGCCAGCAGCAGAGAUGGUGAAUAAACCCACUCGUGUACGGCAAAGUGACAGCGCCACUGGAUCGCAACCCCAUCAACCAAGUAUGAAUGACGAAAUGGAACCGCGUUAUAGGAAAGCUCCUGAUAACAAAGCAAGCCACAGGCGAGAAGCUAGACCGAGUAAGCCGCGACGACUUGACAACUGUGGUUCAAAAUCAGAUUUCUCGUCAGCCACGCAAGUGGGUACUUCUCGUAGCAAUAGAACUAAGGCUCCCGAUUCAUUACCACCUAUCGACAAGCCAGUCAGUCGCAACGGCUCCUCUUCAGUGCCUUCUAAUCCUCGUCGAAAUCCUCCAACUACGAGUUCAGCCGAGAAUGGCAUUCGCCCGAGUAGAGGAAGACCCCGGCUGCAAGACUCUGUGGAUUUACCCGCCCGGGCGAGCAAUACCAGGGAUUCCACUCCGCCAAGGAAACCGCGGUCGACGAGAAGGAAAAUCGUGUAACUGAAUGGAGUGCGCAAAGCGUCUGUUUUGAAUUGGAUAUUUUCAACAUUUGGAACUUAGCUUUUAGUUUUGAACCUAAACUCUAACGUAAUACACCGCAGCAAUGGCACUUUGUCACAUUUUCACACCAGUGGCGAAAGUGAAACUGCUUCUGAUUUCCACGCCCAUAAAAAGACAAAAAGAGAAGAGCAUUGUUGGAUUAAUCACGUCGCCAACUUUGAAACGUUUAGAGGGACGCGUUAUUUGCGUUCAACAGCUCAAGGGUUGGUUGUAUCCUCUCAAAAUACUACCACCAAAACACCUCCGAAGCACUAAUAUUAAGGGUCACUCGGCAAUGUCUGACAUGGUCAGCUGGUAUCUAUCUUACAGCGUAUCACAAGGUCCAAACGGAUCGGAUCUGUUUUGGACUUGGCCUCUACGUCCUACAAAGAUCUGCUUCUCGUGAUACGUUCGCAUGUUAGAGUUUUGGAAACUCGGCAAAGAACCUAAGGAGUGUUCUGUGAGACCUACGAGUCGAAGAACAGGUUUUUUGACGAUGACAACAAAUGCCUGAAAAUGGCUCUGACCUAAGCCACUUUACUUGAAUCGUUACCCGUGGAACAUGGGGUUAAUAAUGCAUAAUAAAUUCUGUUCAAGAAAGGAGAAUGUAAGAAUAAGGGCGCCCUUCCAAAAAAAGGGGGAAAAACACAUAUUGCAAAACUGUAAAUAGUUCUUUUUCAGAGUAGUGUUGAGAUAGUGUGUUAGACACACGCCUCUACAGUUCCCGAUAACUUCGGUUGUAUUCUUGUGGUGAUUGUCAAAUUCUCAUCUUUACUGUCCGCUCUGACAAAGGUCGUGCUCUUUUGGGACAGCCAUUGCAUUUUAAGGAAGGAUUUCUCUGAUGAGGAUGGGUUAAGUGACAGCUGUUGUUCAUCACGUGUGGAGGCGCGGUAGCCUCAUGGUUAGUGCGCUCGAUUCCGGGUCGAGCAGUCCGGGUUCGAGCCCUAGCCGGGGACAUUGU